ACGCAGAGCACAAAUGGACUGGACCAUUUUUCUUCAUCCAAGCUGCAGACCCCCAGCUUGGGCUUAUGAAGGCCUGGAGGGACGGCGACUGUGACGGCGGGGGGGAAGAAUGGGCUGAGGAAGUGGAGCUCACUAAGCAGGCCGUGGAGGCCAUUAACCAACUCAGACCCAGGCCGAGAUUCAUGGUGCUGUGCGGCGACUUGGUCCACGCCAUGCCAGGUACACCCUUUAGAGAAGGUCAGGAGAAAGAUCUGAAGGCAGCCUUGAAGGGGACUGAUCCCUCCAUUCCUCUGGUGUUUGUCAGUGGAAACCAUGACCUGGGUAACACCCCCACUCCCAGCACAGUGGAGCAGUAUUGCAGGGAGUGGGGGGAUGACUAUUUCAGCUUCUGGGUGGGCGGAGUUCUCUGCCUGGUUCUGAACUCCCAGCUGUUCUUCGACGCCUCGGCCUGCCCUGAGCUGAGGGAGGCUCAGGAGGCCUGGCUGGAGGCGCAGCUGAGCAGAGCAUCCUCCUCCUCUUCUACGGAACCUAAACCCAAACACAUCCUGAUAUUUCAGCACAUUCCCCUGUACCUAAAGAGUCCUGAUGAAGAGGAUGACUACUUCAACCUGCAGAGGACAGUCAGGCAAAACCUGCUGGACAGGUUCAAGAAAGCAGGGGUGAAGGCGGUCUUCUCCGGUCAUUAUCACCGUAACGCCGGGGGCUGCCACGGUGGCCUGGACAUGGUCGUAAGCUCGGCCAUCGGCUGCCAGCUGGGAGAGGACACCCACGGAGUCAGGGUGGUGGUAGUGACUGCAGACAACGUCAUCCAUCGCUACUACAGCCUGGAGCAGCUGAGGGCUCGAGGCUUAGACGAGGACCUCAAGAAACUCCUGCAGGCCUGAGCGAACACUCAAACAACGAUGAAGCUGGGUGUUUUGUUAACCGACUAGUAUAUUUUACAUUCAGCACAUUGUUGCAACGUGCUACAGUGUUAUGAGAUCACUUGUUCAAAUCAGACAGGAGAUUAUUCUUAUGGUCUACCAGACCAAGAUUUGGGUUCUCCAACAACUGAAUCAUCAAAAACUCUGUUAAUUUCAUCAAAGUGAAAACAACAUAAUUUAAAUAGUUAUGAGAAGAAAAGCAGUGAAUUCAAAGCCAGCAAAAAUGUCAGUCACAGGUAGUCACGUGUACAGAAUCUUCUAGUUUAUGUUGUCUCGACUGAAUGUUUUCUUGCAAGCAUCUCUUGGAGGGUUAGAUAUUAUCUGUGCUUCCCACUCUCCUAAAAGCGCCACACAGAUCUUUGAAUGUGUUUUAAGACUCGUGGGUUCUUCUAUUGACAAGUGCAGUCCUCCUGUAUCUGAAGUAGCAUCACAUCCUCAGGCACCAGCUCAGUCUGUCUGUGCGGUCCAGUGCAUGUGUUAUGUGUGUGACUUUGAGCACAUCCAGAGUUUUCCAUCUUUAAAAGAAGAUUCCAACUUAAAACAGUGAAGCGGGCUUGGGCUUUGUUUGCUCAGUUUCCCUUUGGAACAUUCCAGAGGCAUGAUGGGAGAUGUAGGACACAACAAGAGUAUGUAAAAAGGAUGAGACUGAGGGGGGGGGAGGUCCACCUCAGCUCUUGUUUCUUUAAUGUAAUCAGUUCAAAAUUGUUGGAAUUUUCCUUUUAAUGUUCCUAAAUUGUCUUCUUUGCUCUUCCUGCAGUCUGAAGCCUUUUUUGGACAUCCUAUGCAAUCUUUAACAUCACCUUAUGAUGUGUGUAUGUGUUUUCUGUUUAAUGUUGUACAUCUGUCAUCUCUUUGUUUGUAGCCCCCCCUCCCUCUUUUUAACAGUUAUCAAGAGCCUUUUAAUAUAAGCUGACCUCACAGAUUGUUCUUUAUCAUUGUCAACUACAACAAAACUGACAAUCUCACUUUUAACUAAGACUAGUUUUAAGCUUACUGGUUUUUCAUUGGCACAGUAAACAAAUACACCACCUUUGCUGUGACCACCUUAGAAUAAAAAAACAGACUUGCCCAUGUUUGAACAUUUAUACAGUUGAGCUACAGCUCUGGCUCAGGUUUGGAGAGAAGGUAAACAGCGAGGUUGAUAUCUGUGUGAUAAAAUGGAAAAACUGCCAAACAAAGAAGAUGUCCUGGCCAGGACUUCAUGUUUCAUGCUGUAGUCGUUGUUUACAAAUGCAGAAUUUAGAUUGAAGCUUGAUUUUCAUUUUUAAUUCCAGUAUAAGCUCGCCACAGACAUGCUAACUUGCAACCGAAACCUGCUGAGACGGGAGUGGACAUUAAAGCUCCACUCUGCAUAUUCACAUUCAUAUUCAUACGUCUGUACAGAUUACACGCUGCGCUACUUCAUGUGCUCAUGAAGGCAAUUUAAAGCCUAGCGUGGUGGAAUGGUGAACCUGCCACUAACAAGGGAAUCUAAAUGAAUAGGUGAUUACACAAUGUAAAUAAAUUGGAUGGCAAAGGAAUUGGGACCAUAAAUAGUUUCUAUAAUAACUCGUGAUUUAAUCAGAAUCUCUCAAAAAAUUUAAGAUUGCUUCAUAUUACCCAUGAAUGACUCUGUAGUGCGAGUGCUGCAAUAUCUACCCGUGGCUCCCAGUUACGAUUUUAUUGAAGCAUAGAUCAAACUGACUGUGAUUUUCUCACGCUGUGAUGCGGCUCAGAUGAAAAUAUUUCAUCAUUAGGCUGGAGCUUGAGUCGAAAUUUAGGAUGCGGCAGCUCACACUUCAAGCACACCUAGUUCGCUUUAAUCCGCACACGUCAGCGUCUGCGCAGCAAACCAGACCCGGAGACGUAAAUAAAGAAAUGAAGUGCAAUUGUCCGAUGAAAGCCAAACUUAAGGAGGUGUCAGACCGAUGAUGUGACGGUGCUGCGGUGUGUCCGCGGGAGGAGGAGGACAGUAUUUCCUGACCGUUUAGUCACAGCGUUAACGCUCGACUCCCUGCAGGCUUAUUUGGGAGCCAACGGUCCUGGAAUUGUCUUUUAAAAUGGACGUUUCUGAAACUAAAUGACUUUCUUUGUGAGCCCUAAAUCACUCUACUCAAUUACACUUUCCACACACAGACUCUCACACUCUCCCUGACCGACUGGGAACCUAACAGAGUUGUCAUGGCAACCAUUUAGCAACACAUCUGUGUGUGUCUCGGAGAGAGACUGCGAGUGUCGGAGAGAAAGUCUACUUACUCCUCGUGUGUGUGUGUGUGUGUGUGUGUGUUCGUCCCUGGUCUGGUGGGUACUGUAGGGGAUUUUCCAUCGGCGAUGUGAUCACUGACCUCAUUUCACACUGACGGAUUCGGUCUCUUUUCCAAAAAGUCGGCGUGCGAUAGAGGGAGGAGGCGGCAUCUGAGAGGAAUGGAUAAUGAGUGUGAUGUGUGAAAGACGACUGAGUCCAUCUCCUUCAUUUCCUGUCUGAGAAGGAACCUUAUGUCCUUAUCUAUUUUUAUAUCCUCCCCGGUAGACGAGCUCAGCCACUUUGUUCUUUUAUCUGUUUUGAGGAUGUGUGUCUAAAUUUUGUUUUUGUGCACGUUUCUUCCAUAGAUUUGUGUGUGUGUGUGUGUGUGUGUGUAUAUAUAUAUAUAUAUAUGUUGGGGGAUGGCAUUACACAACUUUGACUUGUUCCUGUGUUGAAUUCUAACGAAUGACCAUACUGAACAAUAUUACUGUGACAGCCAAUUGUAUUUUUAUAAUAAAUGUUAAUUUUUCUCUAACAGUGACUAACUCUGUGAUUUAUUUUUUUUGUGUGUUCAUUCAUUUUUAGCCGUUACCACUUUACAAGCUCAGCUCACACAAACAAUUUCUCAUGCAUGUGUCUAAACAGCAGUGAGAUGUAGUGUUAAUUUGUGUUAUACAAGAACUUUGGACACUUCUGAAAUCCGCUCCCAGGAAACAACGUUGAGCCAUCUCUGAACUCCUCUUAUAUUUUAGACUUUUAUAACCAAGAUAGGCCAGUUUGUUUUCGUAAACAAGGCGUAUUUUUCUUUUUAGGAAGUAGAAAUAGUACACGUAGAAAACGUUUUAAAGGUGCACAGUCGAUGGCUACUUUGUUACACGUGUUCAAGUCCUAAUAUCAGCCAAUCACAUGGCGACAACUCAGUGCAUUUAGCCACGUCAACAUGGUCAACACGACCUGCAAACUUAAAUUCCAUUUAUUCAGAAAGAGGAAGAAAGAUAAUUAAGUAGUUUUGAAUGUGGCAUGGUAGUUGAACCAGAUGGUACCAGAUGUUGAUCUACUGGGAUUGGAAUGGACACAACCAUCUCUAGGGUUUCUAGAGAAUGGUCUGAAAAAGAGAAAAUGUAGUGAGCAGCCAUACUGUUUCAACCUGAUAGGAAUGCAAAUAAGCACUCAUUACAAACAAAGUAUGCACAAGAGCAUCUCUGAAUGCGGGACAUAUGGGCUGCAACAGCAGAAGACCACAUCGGAUGUCACUCUUAGCUCAGAAUCAGAAUACUUUAUUAACCUCUUAGGAAAUUAUGUCCUCACAGUUGCUACAAGACAGAACAGUAAGUAACUAAAUUAAAUGAUACAAAAUAUUACAAAGUUACAAAAAGAACAAAAUAGCUCCAAUUAUAAAUAUCCCAGUAUCUUAUGCAAAAUUAAAAAUAUAUGUAGUUGGCGCUGAGGGCUCCCUCUUAUUAGAUUGACUUUGUAAUAUGCGUUUUGCGCAAGUUUACAAAUAUCGAACAACAGCAGACUGGAAAACAUUAACUGGUCUGAUGAGUCUGGAUUUCUUGUGCAACAUUUGGAUGGUAGGGUCAGAGUUUUGUGUAAACAAUAUAAAAGCAUGGCUCCAACCUGCCUUACAUCAACAUUCAGGCUGGUGCUAGUGGUGAAAGGGUGUGGGGGAUAUUUUCUUUACACACUUUGAGCUCCUUCGUACCAAGUGAGCAUGGAUUAAAACCCACAGCCUACCCAAGUACUGUUAUUGACAAUAUCCAUCCCUUUAUGACUGCAGUUUCCUCAUUUUGUCCCGGCUGCUACGAGCAGGAUAAUGUACCAUGUGACAAAGCUCCAAUCACUCGACUCUGAUGGCCUCCACAGUUAUCAGACCUCAAUCCACCUUUGGAAUACAGUGGAACAUAAUAUUCACAUCUGGAUAUGCAGCUGACAAAUCUGCAUCAACUGUGCAACGCUAUUGUGUCAUCAUGGACCAAAACCUCUGAAGAAUGUUUACAGCACCUUGUUGCAUGGAUGAAACAAAGAAUAAAGGCAGUUCAGAGGGCAAGAAGGGGUCCAAUUUGGACUAACAAUGUGUCCCUAAUAAAGUGGGCGCUGAAUGUAUACUCCUAUAAAACUGUAACGUUUAAGCAAUGGUUCACUAAAGCAGAUCUAGGUUCAGUCUAGAAGCAAUGUUGGUUAAAUUUGCCCCAUGAUGGAGUUGGACAGCAGGAAGCAGGUGCUAUCUGCGCACUAAUCCAAAAGGGAACGUCUCAGCUAGUGUUUUGAUUUUCUGAGAACAUCUCAGCUGGACGCCACCUGGUGACGUUCUCAGCAUGCACAUCUUUGAGGGACAGAGGAUGUUACUUGGCAACUCUUCAGAGCAAAUUGAGGAUAUUCUGUGAACCUCCAGAGGAAGUCAUAAAGCAGAAAAUUUAUAUCAUAAUCAAAAGAACACUUUUGAUAAGAACUUCUCCAAUAAUCAGUGAAGACACAGGAUGUCCAUCACCUUUAGAAAACACCAGCUUCUUUAUAGCGACUGAGAUUGGUGCGGCUAUAUCGUAUUUUUAUCGCCAUCACUGCCUGAAACACAUUCUAAGAAACACUUUUCUUACCUUUUAAUCCACAAAAACCUUGGAGUUGUACAGCUAUGAACAAACUUUGAUUACAGCACUGACCAAUUCAAUCCAGCAUUCAAGAUAUUCCUCAGACUGUGCAGGCCUAACUGAGACUGAAUACAUGAACCACCUCAGAAUAUAUUGAUGACUAUUCUUCUUCCUCUCCAGCAAAACUUCAUCCAAUAUGACCUGCAAACAGUUGCACAUUUUUAAUCAAUCAAUAAAAAAGAAAGCAGAACAAAGGGAUGAAAAGUUAAACUUUAGCGAGGGAAAGGUCAGCACAAUAACAUCAGCAAAGUCUUGUUUAUUUUCCUUGUACUCCUUUUCAUUAAAGUUUGCUUCUCUGCUGGUCGUCCAUGCAACCCCCUGCGGCGGCUCUAUGCGCCACCAGGUGUGCCUUCCCCGCAGGUUGAGAGCCACGGCUCUGCAGGGUCUCUGCAUGAGCACAAUUGUGCCGUUCAGGUCGGAGCAAA